UCUCUUCACAACCACCUUAAACUCACAUCCCGGCUGAAACACGGACCGUGGAUCCGUGACGCGCGCGACACCAGCUGCUCCUUCUCUUCUUCAUCUUCCAGCCGUUCGUUGGCCCUUGCAACAGUCUGUUUCAGUGUCCGUCGUCGUCGUCAUCAGAGUGUGCGGUGCAGAGUGCAAUUCGUCACGGAAACGCAACGCCUUCUGCUGCUGCUGCAAGUUAGCGAACGGAGCAGCAUUCGUGGCCAUCUUUGCUUUCCACCAUCCAUGUCAUCCAUCAUCGCGUGAGGCGCUCUCCGCUUCACUCCCGGUGGUAGUGACGUUACGUGAUACCGAUGGAGGCGCCAGUCGGGCGUUUUUUUCGCGGCAAUACGCGGGACUGAUUACGAAAUAGGGCUUCCGGUCGAAUCGGUGGAGUGAACAGGGAUUCCGCUUUGUGUUUGGUGUGCGAGUUUGCUAUUGUUCUGUCCAAAGCAGCGGAGAGAGCGAGGCAUCGAAAGUGACCAAAUGUUGAGAGUAAUGCCUUCGCGACGACACCGUUUUUGAUGGCUCUGUCUGAAGGAAUCGUUCGGUGAAAUGGUGAAAUUGAAAUCAAUAGAAGCAGCAGCAGCAGCAGCAGCUUCUUGUCUGUGUUGGUGGCUCCCAUUCGCCAGCGUUAUCAGUAAUGUACGAAGCGGAAAAGAGGAAUGGUGGUGCUGAAAAGAGGGACAGGCGAAAGCCCUAGCUCCACCAUAUGGAACUAUGCCGUUCAGCGAGUCAGUAGAGGUCGCACGGAAAGACGGAACUGCUGCUGCUGCUGCUGCUACUGUGACCGGAACCUGGGUAGUCUGGUGUCGUGGUGGUGGUGGUGGUGGUGGUAGUGAUCGGUGCUAAGGACGGGCUGCACGCCCCACCCACUGCCCUCUUCUCUAGUGUCGUCUUCCUCGCUGGAAAGCCUCGUCGACAGCAAGCGAGCGAGUGACAGUUUGCAAAACGUCAACACAACACAACCGACCGUCGACCGAUCCAGAGAUCGCGUUUCCCUUUUCCGGACGCCAUAAGCAGCCAAAAAGUCGUACAACAGAACGCACAUCCGGUACCGCGAUGAGGAUGGACAUGUUUCGAUGGUUGCCGGGGGCGUGCGGCAGUCUAGGACCAGCCCUCAUCCCUCCGGCCCACAUCGCCGUCCUGUGGUACUUCUGGCAGAACUAUUCGCGCUUCGUCGACAAGCGGUUCUGCUCCUGCUCCUGCUGGGACACCGUCUUCAAAGGCACUUACGAGUCUGGCAUCGCCUCUUACAAGCACAUGUACUUCAACGCAACACAGAACACGAUGAAAAUGUGGCUACUGAUCGUGAUCGGUGUGAUCGCACUGUACGAGUGCACCAAGCAUCUGAUGCAGCUGCUACUGCAAGGGAAGGUGCGCUACACGAUGAUCGUGUUGUUUCUGCUGUCGAUCUUUUCCCACUACUACGCCUGGUGGGCUUAUCUGAACUACUACAACGACGAGUACUACCACCAGUGGAACCAUCAGCUGUUCUUCACCAUCACCGAACUCAUAUCAACCAGCUUCGUGCUACAUCUGGCGAACGCGGACAACCAGGUGACGGCCCGCAAAACGCUCAGCAUCGUCGGUAUCGCGCUGCUCCACAUACUGGCCAGCGGUGUUGACCAGUUCAUAUCAAACGUGUUCCGCGGUGAAGGCUAUCCACAUCAGGUUGUGCGGGAUCUUGGCUUCAUGAUACCGGACGUGAUGCACCUGGUGCUACCACUGUGGCUGCUGCGUCAGACGCGGCUCGAAAGCUUCAGUACGCGACCGUUCUACCGGGAUCGCAAUCUGCGCCGCGAUGUCGCGCUCAUGUUCUUCGUCGUUACAGUAUUAUUCACGAUCUGUUCCUUCCUGUAAAAAAGGGAGACUGGAUAAGCGGGGUUAAUCGCCAGUCCCUGUGCCACUCUCCCAUCAAACAGAAACGAAACACUCUUCCCACCCGAUAUUAGACUACUUAGAUGUAUUUGUGUUCCUUCAUAUUGUGUGAUGCAUCACAGUCAAGCCAACCACCAUUUUAUCAACGAACCACCACCACUACCACCAUCACCACCGUCCUUGUAUGCAUCAAAGAGAAAGGAAAAGGAUCGGAUAUCUCGAAGCCAAAAGUAGAAGAGCAUGGAAAAGAAGCAUAGGUCAAGCGCUAAUUUCGUUCCGUCUGCGUUACGUCGUCAGUCAGUGCCAGCGCCAGCGUUUCUCUUCCGUUUUACGAGGCCAGUAGACCAGACGAGAGUGGAGGCCAGUAGUAGGCAGUAGAAGGAUUACAUAUCCCUUAGCAACCGACGAGACGGAAACCCCCUGGACGUCCCCUCGGGGCAAGCAUACGCGGCCACUUAUCAAGCGGCUAAUCUUAUCUUAUCUUUUAUUGCAACGCGUUUUUAGCACCGUCGAUCGAUCACGUGGCGGAUUGCGUGCGGCGAUCUUUUACUUGCUCUUUCCUGUGCCCGGAAGGCGCGGGGCCACACCUCCGGCAUUGCAUUCGCUGGAACCCAGGCAUAUCAGCCUACUAGGGGACAGGACGAAGUAGACUUCCGCGGCGCGACGCAACGGCGCUUGAUCGCAUAGUCAAGAGGCAACAGGCAAUGGAGGUAGGCCAUGGGUUCGUUUCCAUGGCAGCAUUUUAUGCGAAGCAGCGUAGGACGGAGGAAGUGAGCGGAUCCGAUGAAGAGCAUCAUGCCGAUCGAGGUGUGUACAUCUUCCGGACUCGCUCUCUCUCUCUUUCUCUUUUUGCUAGAGUGUAGACAAUAAAUAAUAACAAAUAAAUCUUAGGAAAAUGCUAACCAAUAUUUAAGCAAACACACAGACACACACAAGCCCAACCAAACCAGCAAAAAAGUUUAGGAGCGGAAUUUCCGAAAGAGGAAAUCUGUGGAAAAAUCGGUAGCAACAAAUGGUAGAGCUGAAGCAAGUGGAGUAGAAAAUUAAAAUUAAAUUAACCAUUAAACCCUUAAAAUGGCGACCAGAGAAGGAGGCAGCGCGAGGGAUAAGUUAUACACAAACUGAACUGACUAUGGGAAUACGAUAGAAACGGAUGCGAUCAGAGGAUACGUAAGCGACGCGGAAAAGCGCGCGAGAGAGAGAGAGAGAGAGAGAGAGGGGCUAACGAAAACCGUCGACGGAUCAGCGAAAUCAAAAUGACAUCCACAAGUUAGGAGCGGGGUUCCUCAUGACCAUAUCCUUCCGGAAAGGACCCCGGACUCACUUCUGCUUCGACUUCUGACCACUCCUGAGUACCGUCGUAGCCCCACACUAGCGUUAACGAAGGUUUGCAGUAGUUCCGCAUAGCAAGUCCAUGCGUGUGUGUUGUGUGGUCUUCCCUUUUAGAGGAUAGAGCUCGGUUAGUUCGGACGAUAGAUUCGCGGGCGCUGUGCUGUGUAGAGAAGAGAUCGUCGAUGGAGUCUCGUAGGAGAGUUGCCGGCGAUGGAUGUGCUGUGUACGUUAUAUAUCAUGCGUUUUUAGGGAAUGUGGGAAUACAUAUGGAAUAUAUGGUUAAAAGAACAAGGGCAAAGCGACCGAACAACUUAUAUCAAAAUGAAACAGAAAGAGAAGGAGAAAAGGAAGAGAAAGGGGUGCAUAUAGUAGCAGUGCGUAGCAAAGCAGUAGUGUGUACGAGCGAGUAGAAACAAAGUAGCAGUGGGCGCCACAUGAAUAGCGAAGGAUCAAUUCGAAGUGGGAGAAGGGACUGUGCCGGGAGGCAGGGAGGGAGCGUAUUUUAACCGUCAUUGUUUCCAAACCACGUGUGUCGUGUCGUGUGUCCGAUCUUCCGUUAGACGAUAGAUUCAUUUAUAAACCCCCCCGAAGAAUGAUUCUUUGAUGAACGUUACGUUAGCACCCGCCAUCGAUUCGUUUUUUGUGUAAAUGAUGAUAAAGAUGAUAAAGGAUAAUGAAAAUGUACCUCGAAUGAGUAAUAAAUUCCAGUUCUGUUUG